AGUCAACUGUACAACCAACUGUUGGGCAGCAAACGGUCGUGAGGCUAUUCGAACAUGAGGAACACGCAGGUGGUUGUUCUCCUGGCCCUGGGCGUGGCUGCCGCCAGCGCUCUCCCUGGAUACAGCGGCAGUCACCACAACCUGCCGGUGGCUGCGGGACACGGCGACUACUACGCUCACCCGCAGUACGAGUUCAAGUACGGGGUGCACGACCCGCACACGGGCGACGUGAAGAACCAGUGGGAGAGCAGGGACGGCGACGUGGUGAAGGGCUCCUACAGCCUGGUCGAGCCCGACGGCUCCACGAGGACCGUGCACUACACGGCCGACAAGCACAGCGGCUUCAACGCCGUGGUCAAGAAGUCCGGCCACUCCUCCCACCCACAGCACUACGGCCAUCACGGCUACUGAAAGAAAUUCCAAGUGAAGCUGAUCAAGACUUUGCUACGCUAUCCGACUUCCCUUCCUAUGCACGAUUCAACUUUAGUUAAAAUGCUUUCAUGAUGUAUUUAUUGUACCGAAAUUUUUUGAAUGACUAAAUAAUAUAUGUUUCUUAUUUUCUGCUGGUAAAUCCAAUAUAAAAUUUGGUAUGCCGUAAGUUAUUUUACCCACAGCAUAGUUAUUCAUACACAUUGUACUGUAUGUGAGAAAAUCAUGUAAUGGUUGU